GUGACAGGCAUAACGUGUACUAUGUGAUAUGCCUUGCUUCGUUACAGUUUUACGAUUCAGUAAAAUUGGAGUAAACAGCUCCGUGAACAGUUCAUUCAAUUACCGAGAAACUGAUGCACUUGAUGAGCAAUUUUAAGUUUUAAGAAAUAAAGUGAUAUUAGAAGAUAGACGUAAUUUUCGUUCACCCAUGUGUGCACAUUCCAAAGUACAUACCUACUAAAGUUCAUAAAAUGAUCGAAAUUCGAUCUUCAUCAACGGCUCCUUACGAUUUUCAUAAAUUUUAUAUUGAAAAUUACAUCACAUUCUUUCUUUUGUUUCGUCAUUGACUAUUGGAAGAAAGCCGGACUGCUAUUAUGUAAAUUGCUACAAACAAACAAUAAACAACAACUACGAGAAAACAAUACUUUAUUUAUAAAUGGACUUGAAAAGUAUUACGCUUUUUUUUAACCUACAUAUGCUGAUUACCUUGAGAGGCUAUUUCAGCUUCUCCUUGACGCGUAGGUGAGCUCUCGGGGCUUAAACCGGGAGUGUUGCUAACACUGGCCCUAGCAAGAGCGGUGCUUCGCAGAAUCUACCACUGGAUCGGAAAUGCGACCCACUGAGAAGAUUCGGCGAGAAAGUCAGUGGUCUGUGUCUAUGGGUUAAUUCACUCGUCGAGCCCUCCGUCGCAAGCGACGGGUUCGACAAGGACGGUGACCGGGGAAAAAUAUUACGCUGCUUCUGAACAGUAAAAUAUAAAAUAAGAGUUUUAGGUUAUCUGAUUGCAUGCCCGUUGAAUGAAAGCCAAUGUUCUUCUAAUCGUUUUUUUUUAUAUUCUUGUUUGAGUUGUAAAAUUGUGCAGGUCCAUCAGGGUUAAUCCAUCAGGGUUUAUCAAGAAAAUGACUUCCAACAAGUUGCAACAUUUUCAAUAAAGAGUGAUCACAGAAUAAAAAAAUAAUGUAAAGUGUGAAAAUUUAAAUAAGUCGCACCCUUUUGUCGUGGUAGAGCGACAAUACAACACGCAUGCUCGUAUUGUUUGGGUGACAUGUCAAAUUUUUAGCCCUUUGUGAAGCCGUUAUUGAAGCAUGGCCACUAUUAUAUAUUCUGGAACUACGUCAUAACAGCUCUCAUUGAGGAGGCUACAGCAAAAACAUCAUGUGUUUCGCUAGAUACUCUUAUUAUUACUUUGUGUUCCUCUGCCUACUGGCUCUGGAGUGUUACGUGAGUAGUUUCUUUAGAUUUUUUCAUUGCCAAUGGCAGUCUUGUUCAAGGUUGAUCAUAAGGGAUUUGUUCGUAUCAGCAAAGCUAUAGACACAGCCAAGCAGCUGCCCCCACCGCUUAAGACUCCUGAAAUACAGUUUAAAGAUGAACUAGCCAUAACGCAGAAGAAUCACUUACUAGUAUUAGCGAAUAAUAUAAUGAUAAAUUCGCAGACACUGAAUUGCCGCACAGAUGGUGGUCCGAAAGAAUCUGAACUUAAGAAAAUUUAUACAAAGUGUUUGAAGAUUCAAGAGGAUAAGACAUCUAACAGUUCUCGAAGCAAUAGCCAAGCUUGGAAUAAGCCACAGAGAAACAAUCAUAACCAAAGACGUGACCAAGAAAGAGAUCGGUCUGGUAACGACGAUAGAAGGAGAAACAGAAAUGACGAGAUUAAUAAUAAUGAUGGUAGAAUGGGUUACAAUGAAAACAGAAUGAGCAGUAAUGAUAGAAUGAGAGGCAACGAUGGAAUGAGUGGUAAUGAACGAAUGAGUGGUAAAAUGGGUGAUCGGUACGAUAUGAUGGGCGAACGUCCUGAGAGAGGCAGUGGAGAUCAUUUCAAUGCUCGUAAUGAUUUUAUGGGAGACAAAUUUGGGGAAAUGUCAGCGUACGGUUCCUAUCAAUCUUCUACGACACCCCCGAGGAGGUACAAACGUGAAAGACGCAUUGAGAACUCAGGACAUCGGAGCCAAUUUAAUCCCAUCAGUCAGAAAUCUGACGAUGACGAUUCUUUCAAUGACGAAAAGGAUUCUAAUGAAAAUAAAACGAACGAUGAAAUGGGCAGCAAGGAAUGUGCAAUGCACUGUUUCUUAGAGAACUUGAAAAUGAACGGAGAAGACGGAAUGCCGGAUAGAUAUUUGGUGAAUCAUGCAUUAACUAAAGAGGUAAAAAAUGAGGAUUUAAGAGAUUUUUUGCAAGAGUCCGUCGAAGAAUGUUUUCAAAUUUUGGAUAACGAAAACACCGACGACAAAUGUGACUUCUCAAGGAAUCUGCUGAUGUGCUUGUCUGAGAAGGGAAGAGCAAAUUGUGACGAUUGGAAAGACGAUUUGCAACUUUGAUGGAAUAGUUUUUACAAGAAUGGUUUCUUUAAAAUUAUAUUUUUUGAUGAAAAAAAUGAUGAAAAAAAGCUUUUUGUGAAUUUCGUAAAAAUUAAAAUGAUACAUGA